GUUUGAAAAAAAUACUGAGUGCACUUGUUGCAACUUGCAUCACUUCAGUAUAUGCCACACAUUAUUUUAUUUGCGAAAGUUUGUAAUUUCAGGAAGAGUUGAUACUUUAAAAAAAGACGACGAUGCACCAAGUGCAUAAAUUAUUUCUUGGUGUUGAUCAUAAGCCGCCUCCAAAUUAAGAAGCAACUCCAACAAGGAGCGAAACUUAUUGCAUUAUUGAGCACUGAUACACUUCCCUCGUCUCAAAUUAUUAUCCAGUUUAGAUUUUCAGUUUUAAUUCAUAGGGAAUAUAUAUUAAACCAGACCAUUUCUAUGUAUAGUUACUAGUAUAUAAUAGCCACAUCUAGCUUGAAGCUCUCAUUGCCAUUUCCACAUUAGCAAAAUGUUUAUUCCUUUUACUCCUCGAAAAUUACCAUUCCUUGGGACUGCAUUCAUUGUAGUUCUAUUUGCUUUUAAUGCAAAAGCUCAAGUGCCAGAAAACAAAACCUUCAAAAUCUUAAACGCCGGGUUUCUGGGAGAGUAUGAAAGCUUCCCAAUUACCACGGAAUACAAUGCAACUUAUCGCGUCAUUACAAACCAAGUUUACGACUUCCACACUUUUCCCUUCAGACUUUGUUUCUACAACACUACUCCGGCUUCUUUCGUGUUAGGCAUUCGCGCCGGCGACCGCGACGAUGAAUCGCUCAUGCGGUGGGUUUGGGAUGCAAACCGGAACCACCCCGUCGGAGAUAACGCAGCCCUUUCCUUCGGCCGGGACGGAAAUCUUGUCCUCUUCGAUUCCGACGGAAGUUUGGUGUGGCAAACCGGCACCGGAAACAGGGGUGUCACCGGGAUUAAAUUGCUGCAGAAUGGUAAUCUAGUGCUGUAUGACAAAAAGGGCAAAUUUAUCUGGCAGAGUUUUGAUCAUCCCGUUGAUACAUUACUCGCAGGAAUGUCGGUUUCCAGUACUAAUAAUGCCGUAAAUAAGCUUGUUAGCCGGAAUUCUGACAUUGACGGCUCCGAUGGGAAAUACAGUCUUGUCCAUGGCGAAUCAGGGCUCCUUCUGUAUAUGAGCGAUUCCGGCCGGCAAAUUAUUUACAAUGGUUGGCCUGGAAAUUGGGGAAAUUCCGCCAGAUUCUCUGUUCAACCUACCGGAUGGGAGACUCCUCCGGCCACAACUUGGGAUCUUAGAUUUCAAAUCCUCGUGGAUUCAUCACCAACACCGUAUGUUGCCGGAAUUCAACAACUCUCGAGCAUCAAAUACAACGCCACAUACUCAUUCUUGAGGAUUGAAUCGGAUGGAAACGUGAAGGCCUAUACUUACUACGACAGAGUUCGAUUCGACAGAUGGGUAAAGAGCUUCGCUUUCUUCUCGAAUUCUUACGUUAGAGAAUGCGGGUUGCCCACGAAAUGUGGUUCCUUUGGUCUCUGUGACAACGGGAUGUGUAUCGGGUGCCCGACUCCGAAAGGGAUUCUGGGUUGGACUGAAAAUUGUCAGCCGCCGAAGCUAAAGGCUUGCCGGAGCAGUGGUAAAAUAUUUAAGGGUAAGUAUUAUAAGGUUGCUGGUGCAGAGUCGUUUAUGAAUCGGGUUUGGUCAUCGGGAGAGGGGCAAGAAGGUCCGAUGAAGCUUGAAACAUGCAGAGACAAAUGCAGUAAUGACUGCAACUGCAAAGGUUUUGUAUACAAGGAAGAUACUUUUAUGUGUUUUGUCUUGCCGGUGCUUGGGACGCUUGUCAAAUUUGCAAACACUUCUUCUGUGUAUGUCAAAUAUUGAGAAUGCCAUCCAUCCAAUCUUUUGGGAUUUGGGAACAAAGAAGUGUAAACAUUUUCACUUUUCAGUCAUUAUGGGCUGACAAGUAAUUUAGUUCACCGUCCAAAAAAAGUCCAUAAAUUAUACUUCUUAUGUUUCAUAUUAUUGCCUAAUUUGAAUUUUCAUUUUUCUUUCAAUUUGUGUUAAAACUAAAAAUCCGAUAACAAUGGAAGGAGUAUAAUUUUUUCAUUGUGGAUAUUUUAGGACAGAGAUAAUUAUUUUAAUAUUGUGGGUGGCUUAUGCUGGAGAACUCCUGGUUUGUGC